GUCAAAUAUACGGAUUUGCUAUUACAAUUGUGAGUGCAAUUUUUCUAUAAGUGAAUCGCCUACGUUGGUGAGUUGGCGUACUUAAUUUAACAUUCUUCAUCAAUUGUUUAUCAAACAUGUCGAAGAAAAGGGGUGGGAAGAAGAACCAAGAUUUCGAUGACGAUCUCGAGGAAAAGCCUACUGUAGGCAACAAUACUUCUGAGAUAACCUCUAAAGCAAAGGGUAAAGGUAAAAAGAAAGCUAAGGGUAAAGCUGACUUCAGUGACAGUGACGAGGGUGGUAAAGGGGACCUCAAGGUCCAUUUGACCGAUGAAGAGGAAGUCCGCCAGCCUGCUAUGAAGAAAUCGCAGAAGAAAGGUAAAAACAAGAAGAAGGGUGCAGAGUCUGAAGAUGAAGAAGACGAUGGAAAGUCGGUAACCAGCAGUGCCACCAACACCUCUAAGACUCCUAGUAAAGGAGGGAAAAAGAAAAAAGGCAAAGGUAAAAAAGAUGAUGACUGGUCAGAUGGAGCUAGUGAGGUUGAAUUCAAACAAGAAGUGUCUGAAGAUGAAAUUGCUAAGCCUGUAGCUAGUAAAAAGAAAACCAAAAAUAAAAAGAAAGAAAAAGCUAUAGAGUCCUCUGAUGAUGAAGAGCAUGAGGAUGCAAAGUCAGUUAUCAGCAACGUUUCCAGUAAUACAUCAAAGCCUUCGGCCAAGAGUAACAGUAAAAAGGGUAAGAAAGAAGAGUUGCCAGUCGACGAAAGUGAGGAGAAACAGGAGGAUUCUCCCGAAGAAGACAUAUUGCCUGCUAAGAAAAAGGGUAAACACAAAGCUAAAACGCCUAUAGACGAUGUGGAGGAAGAAAUUAAGAAACUAAAUCUGAAAGAGUCUUUGCCAGAAUUUGAGAAGCCUAAGAAGUCCAAGGGCAAAACAGAGGAUGGCAGUGACGCUUCAGGAGACGAAGAUAGCAAGGGUUCUGGAGGCAAAACGGAAGCCGCAGAGAAGAAACUAAGCCACAAAGAGAAGAAGAAACUUAAGAAGAUGCAAGAAUACGAGAAGCAAAUGGAGAUGAUGACAAAGAAGGGCGGCCAAGGCCAUAGUGAGCUGGACGCCAACUUCACUGUCAGCCAGGCGCAGAAAUCUGCUGGUCAGAUGGCAGCGCUAGAGAACGCAGUAGACAUCAAAGUGGAAAACUUCUCCAUAGCCGCUAAAGGGAAGGACCUGUUCGUGAACGCCAACCUGCUGAUCGCUCACGGGCGCCGCUACGGUCUCGUGGGGCCGAACGGGCACGGCAAGACCACGCUGCUGCGGCAUCUGGCUCAGCGCGCCUUCCCACUCCCUCCUCAUAUAGACAUACUGCUGUGCGAGCAGGAGGUCACUGCUAACGAUAUGAGCGCUGUUGAAACUAUUUUGGAAGCCGAUGUUAAAAGGACUGAACUGCUCAAGGAAUGUAAGGAGUUGGAGGCAGAAACUGAGAAAGGAAAUCUCAGCAAGCAAGAGAGAUUAAAUGAGGUGUACGCAGAGCUGAAAGCGAUUGGUGCCGACUCGGCAGAGCCCCGUGCGAGGCGUAUCCUAGCUGGUCUAGGCUUCAGCCGCGAGAUGCAGGACCGCGCUACGAAGAACUUCUCCGGUGGCUGGCGUAUGAGGGUUUCGCUGGCGAGAGCCCUGUACAUUGAACCUACGCUGCUAAUGCUCGACGAGCCUACGAACCACUUGGAUCUCAACGCCGUCAUUUGGCUUGACAACUACCUCCAAGGCUGGAAGAAAACCCUCCUAGUAGUCUCCCACGACCAGUCCUUCCUCGACAACGUGUGCAACGAGAUCAUCCACCUGGACCAACAGAAACUGUUCUACUACAAGGGCAACUACUCCAUGUUCAAGAAGAUGUACGCGCAGAAGAGGAAGGAGCAGAUCAAGGAGUACGAGAAACAGGAGAAGAGGCUCAAGGAUCUGAAGGCGCAUGGACAGUCCAAGAAACAGGCCGAAAAGAAACAGAAAGACGCGUUAACACGCAAGCAAGAAAAGAACAGAAGUAAGACGCAACGGGAAGAGGAAGAAUCAGCGGUGCCUGUGACCUUACUGCAGAGGCCCAAGGAAUAUCUCGUCAAGUUCUCAUUCCCGGACCCACCGCCGCUGCAGCCACCCAUUCUGGGGCUACACAACGUGGACUUCAACUUCCCCGGUCAGAAGCCGCUGUUCAAGCAAGUCGAUUUCGGCAUAGACUUGAACUCGCGUGUGGCCAUCGUUGGGCCCAACGGCGUGGGCAAGUCCACCUUCCUCAAACUGCUUGUGGGCGAGCUGAGUCCUGUGCGCGGCGAGCUGAUUAGGAACCACAGAUUAAGGAUAGGCAGGUUCGACCAGCACUCCGGCGAACACCUGACGGCUGAAGAGACUCCCGCGGAGUACUUACAGCGGCUAUUCGGCCUCCAAUACGAGAAAGCGCGCAAGGCCCUCGGUACCUUCGGUCUGCAGAGCCAUGCACACACCAUCAAGAUGAAGGACCUCAGCGGUGGACAGAAGGCUAGAGUCGCGUUGGCAGAGCUUACCAAUAUGGCGCCCGAUGUUGUCAUUCUUGACGAGCCGACGAACAACUUAGACAUCGAGAGCAUAGACGCGCUGGCGGAGGCCAUCAACAACUACAAGGGCGGCGUGGUCAUCGUGUCUCACGACGAGCGACUCAUCAGAGAGACAGACUGUGCGCUUUACGUCAUCGAGGAUCAGACCAUUAAUGAGGUGGACGGCGAUUUCGACGACUACCGCAAGGAGCUCCUGGAGAGUCUCGGCGAGACCAUCAACUCGCCUUCCAUCGCCGCCAACGCCGCCGUGGCACAGUAAUCCUAACACAAUGUAUUUUGUACCAACUUUACUCAUCAUUUAUUAUUAUACUGAAUCGGGACAAUCGCGAACACAUAGUUUAUAGUUGGACCUGACGUUUCGAAUGUGACAUUCGAGUAAAAUCGAACGGUUAUAAAAUUGGUGAUGUGAUUUGCUUGAAGUGAAGUAGCAACUCUAGUGUACAAGAAAAUAAUCAAGAUUAAGGGUGGUUGAUAUAAUGUCUCGCCAGUCUGCCUGCGACCACGGACGCAAUGUCACGUUCGAAACGUUAGCCCGCAAGUAUACGCGAAUAAGUCGCGAUUCAGUUUUACGUAUGAGCUACAAAGGUUAAAUCGACUUUAGUCACAUAAAAAUAUGUAUACUAGUUUAUUUCGAAUAUUACUCCUUGGCUAUUGCUAAACGUAUACAUAUUUGUGGAUGUGAUUGUGUGAUGGUGCGAAUAUAGUCAAAGUGUGAAGCAACUAGAAAAUGAAAUUGUAAUAGGACUAAUGGAAAAAGUCGUGACGACUGAGAUACUAUCGAUUUUUGAGCUUAUUUCUACACCUCGAUUUAUCUUACGAAACGUGAGAUUUUUUGUAUCUAAAAAUUAUCAUAAUGAAAACUGGGGUUCCUAGAAUGUACAGUCUAGGCAUUGUAACUUUAAUAUGAAAUUCUACCACUGUGGUAAGUUAUUCGCUUGUUCAUUUAUCCAUUUUGCUAUAAGUAUGAUGGUAAGAAUGAACUAGUCAUAGCGCUUUCAAAAUCUCAUUUCUUUUGAUAAUGAAUGGUACGAACGCUCGACUCUUCUAGACUUUUCGGAGGGCAAAUGUAGUCGUGUUUCUGAACAAAAUGCACAAUAACUAACCAUUUAAAACGCCUAUCUCCGCAUGCCGUUUACAGUGAAAUAUAUCCUUCAUUAAUUUACUUGUACUGUUCUAAUAAAUAUGAAAUUGUUUGAGCCUAUGUCUUUCCACCACGCCGAUUUUUUACCGGCAUAGUAUUCGUAUGUGCUGUUAGUCUUACAUGUUCUCAACAUUUAAUGUUAUCAAAUUAGUAAAAAAUGGUCUGAAAAGGUCGUGAUACCUGAGUGCCUAUACUUUAAGUCAGAAAAAAAGGAACGUCGACGCGACCGACGCCGUCAUACGGAAAAGUUCGUAUAGGAGCGUUUCUUAGAACAAUAUUGCACAAUACUAGUACCUGGGUCCACAUUGACCGAAUAACCUCGAGUGGAAAACGUCCGCCCUCGUGCGCGCACGUUUGCCUCGCCCUAGCCAAUAGGGAUGACGACUACAUUAAAAAAAUUGAAUUCUGUUUAGUCCGUCAGUUAGAUCGUCUAAAAA